CCCAUUUCAUCUUGUAAAAGAAAGUUGUAAUCUUGAUUUACCAAAACAAAGAAGAUGGCAUCCACAAUGAGAUCAUGGAGAUGGGUUCUCUUCUUCCUCAUAAUCACUACUUGUACUUUCUCUCUUAUGGUGACCAUGGCAGAUUCACAAGUUCAUGAAACAGCUGAUUCCGAGUCAUCAUGGACAGACUGGGCCAAGGAAAAGCUCGCCGGUGGAUUGAGUUUCAGCAAGCCUAGUGUUGAAGACCAAGUCAACGAUGAUGCCGCCAAGAUCCGACAAACCAUUUCCGAUGCUGGGGAAUCUACAAAACAAUCUGCUUCUAAGAAAGCAGAGGAGGUGAAAUCCAAAGCCCAUCGUGUUUCGGAAGACACCAAAGAGAAGGCCUCGUCUGCAUCUAAGAAGGCAGAGGAGAUGAAGGAGAAGAUAUACGAGACAGCUGAGGAAGCUAAGGAGAAAGCUCAGCACAAGGCGGAAGAGACAAAGCACAAGGCUUGCGAUACUAAGGGGAAGGCCGAGGAGGCAGGGUGUCGAGUGGCGGAGGAGGCGAAGAAGAAGGCGUACGAGACUAAGGGAAAGGCGGAGGAGGUGGGGAACCGAGCGACCGAGACGGCUAAAGAAGGGUAUGAGACGGUUAAGGUGAAGGCUGGUGAGACAUUGGAGGCGGCUAAGGAGAGGGUUGCGGCUGGUAUUGAAUCGGCUAAACACAAAAGUAAGGGUUUUAAGGAGAACAUUGGUAGUGGGAGUGGCAGGAAACAAGAUGAAGAGCUCUGAUUAUAUAUGAAGUGGUAAAUGGUUUAAUAUUUGUUGUUUUUGAAUGGUUAUUAUUAUGAUCAUAUUAUGUAUGCUUUUGUUCUUCUUUGUGUUGUGUGUAGUAAGUAGUAUAAUAAUAACAAGUUAUUAGUGCCUUUGGUUUUCUUUUUAUAUUGUAGUUUCAACCUGCAUUGGUCAAGAGGAAAUUGAAGGGCUUGGGCUUUAUAUUUAUCA